CCUCAUGCUUCUGUGUUUCGCCUGUCAAUUCCCCCUCAUCAUGCACAUUUGUUCCCGCGAACUGAACGCGCGCACUGACACUACGAUCUCCAGCACACCUUCUUCUGUGGAUUUGCUCGCGGUUAGCUUUGCGCGAGUCGUUGUUUAAUUCAUCUGACUUCAUGGGACGUGCUUUUAACGCGAAACGGUUUAAAGACAUACGAGUUGUCGUCACAAUAUUUCUCUCUGCGCUUGGAGGCGAUGUUUUAAAGCAAACACUGGCGUGCGCGCUUCGCUUCAGAUGAGCUCAGAUUGGAGAGCCACUGGGAACCCAAGCAAGGAACUAUCUAGAACUACGAAAGUGGAGAGCUCCAGCUACAGUGUUGGAUCAAAGACGACGUCUACGGCUUCCGGGCCAUGAGUAGUUUUAAGGGCCAGGAUGUGGAAAAACAAGGCAUCAAGCUGCCAAGAAAAUGGAUUGAUUCCAAUGAUAAAAUCCCCACAGACCGUACGAUGGUUGUGGGAGGAAGAGACACUAACGAUCCCCCAGGAAGUCAUUCGAGAAAACGGCGUCAGCGCUAUGUGGAAAAGGACGGCAAGUGCAAUGUCCACCAUGGAAACGUGCGCGAAACCUACCGUUACCUGACGGACAUCUUCACCACACUCGUGGACUUAAAGUGGCGCUUCAAUCUGCUGGUCUUCACACUGGUCUACACCACCACCUGGGUGUUUUUUGGCUUCAUUUGGUGGCUCAUUGCCUACAUCCGUGGAGACCUGGACCACGCUGAUGACAACGAGUGGACACCAUGUGUCUAUAACCUCAAUGGCUUUGUCUCAGCCUUCCUUUUUUCCAUCGAGACCGAGACCACCAUUGGUUAUGGCUACCGUGUCAUAACGGACAAAUGCCCCGAGGGCAUCAUCUUGCUUCUGGUGCAGGCCAUCUUAGGCUCCAUCGUCAAUGCCUUCAUGGUGGGCUGCAUGUUUGUGAAAAUCUCACAACCAAAGAAACGUGCCGAAACGCUCAUGUUUUCUAACACAGCUGUGAUAUCCAUGCGGGACAGCAAGUUGUGUUUGAUGUUCCGCGUUGGUGACUUGCGUAACUCGCACAUUGUGGAGGCCUCCAUCAGGGCAAAGCUCAUCCGCUCUAAGCAGACCAAGGAAGGAGAGUUUAUCCCCCUAAACCAGACGGACAUCAACAUGGGCUUUGACACAGGGGACGAUCGGCUGUUCCUGGUGUCACCGCUGAUCAUUUGCCAUGAGAUCAACAAUAACAGCCCCUUCUGGGACAUCUCUCAGGAGCAACUGGCGCGAGAAGAGUUUGAAAUAGUGGUCAUUCUUGAAGGAAUGGUGGAGGCUACAGGAAUGACAUGUCAAGCCCGCAGCUCAUACCUGAACUCAGAGGUGCUUUGGGGAGAACGUUUCACCCCUGUGCUGUCGCUGGAGGAGGGAUUUUACGAGGUGGAUUAUGACACUUUCCACCACACCUACCCCACUCCAACCCCUUCCUGUUCUGCUCUGGAGCUUGCCGAACUGGCAAAGAAAGGGGAAGCUAUCCCUUUGCCCCCUAUUUCUCCUCCAGCAAACAUGGGAGAGCCCCAAAGACCAGAGGAGAUGACUGAGGAGGAGACCAAGGCAGAAGAAGAAGAAGCAGAAGAUACUGUUAGCAAUGGUGAUUUGAACAGAAUGGAGUGUGUGCAAGAAUGAGUUCAUGCAUCGCAAUUUCCAGUCUUUUGCUGCCCCUGUGUGGCAGAUGGAAAUAUAAGGAGAUACAAAAACUCACUUCAGCCGCAUAAACUCCAUAUAAACUGAGGAAUAGUUAAAAAUCUAUAGGUCUGCAUUUUAUCGUUGACCCCACACUGGUACUGUUAUUAACUGUUUCCAAGAAGAAAAUAACGUGCAUAAUGGUAAAGUUUUUAAACUUUAGGUGCACAAAACUUCCUUCAUCUUGAAUUUAUUUAAAGAUGUAUAUAUUCACAGCUUUGUGCUGUGAUUGCUUAACACGCUACUGAGCUUGCAUCAUUGCUUUGGAGGUUUAAAAGUAUUUCAGAUGGUGCUUAUAGCUACACUACUUCAUUUUAUGAAAACUUGUUUCUGCCACAGGAUAAUGACACAGGGAAUUGAGACUUCAUCUCACAACUGACAACUGAAAAAAAAGUCAGAAUUGUGAGCUAUAAAGUCUGAAUUGUGAGAUUCUUAGGAAAAAUAAGUAAAUAACAUAAAAAGUUGCAAUUAACUUUAUUUUUAUUCCGUGAACAAACCAAAAAUAAUGUAUGGAUGCUUGUAAUUGCGACUCAUAAUUCUAACUUCUUUCUCACAUUUUGAAUAUAAACUGUGAAUUGCAAGAUAUAAAUUCAUAGUUCUGAGGAGAAAAGAAACAUGGUGUUAACUGGAAAUUACAAGAAAAAAAGUAAGAAUUGCAAGAUGUAAUAAAAAACAAACUGGAUUGCGAGAUGUAAACUCAAAAUUGUAAGACAUAAACUCUGAAUUGCAAGGGAUAAAAAAGAUUUUUGAGAUUUCUGAAUUUAUGUGAUAUUUUUUUUUUUUUUUGCAUUUAUCUCGUGACAGAUUUUUCUGUGUGAAACUGCUGGUUAAAAAACAAACACACGUUUUUCAUUUCAUUAAUGAAGGACAUUGCAUUCUCUAUAAAGGAUGUGUUGAAUAUGCACAUAAAAAUUGCACAUCAUGUCUGAAACUAUGUAGAAAACUAUAGAAUAUGAUUUCUGAAACAAGUACCGGUAGAUUUUCUGUGUUAGCAAACAGCGACCUCUGCUGUAAGCGGACCUCACAAACGACCAGACGGAAGGACGGAGUUUUGCCAAAGGCUUAAUUGUUGGAAAUAAUUAUUUAAUUUCUUCGAAUGACAGAUAUGUAACACUAAAAGUUGGAUAUUAACUCCCAACAAACAGAACGCACAAUGUAAUUGUUGUUAUUUCAUUUUAUUUGAAAUGUACUGUUGCUAUUUGGUUCAUUUAGUCAUAUUCAUAUCUGCUGUCUAUCAUUAAUAUUUCUGCUUGAGAAACACCCUCACUGUUAU